CGUCUGAGGCGCCAGGCCUGGUCGCCGCGGCGUCGUGGUGGGGUGCGGGCGGUACCCUCCGCUGUGGGGGACCGGGGUGAGGCGAGGGCCCGCGGCCUGAGGAGAUGAGGAAAUUGAGGCACAGAGGUAAAGUGAUGGACACCCGAUAGUACAGUAAGUGGUACAACUGGGAUCCGUACCUGGGCAGGCUGCCUCCAGAGUCCACACCCUCAAGCACUGCACUAUACUGGCCCAUCAACAAGUUCUAAAAAAUGAGUCGUGGAUAUUCAGAAAACAACAAUUUCCUGAACAAUAACAACCAAAUGGUGCUGGACAUGCUCCUUUAUCCGUUAAUCGGAAUCCCUCAGACAAUCAACUGGGAAACUGUGGCAAGGCUUGUGCCUGGAUUAACACCCAAAGAGUGUGCAAAAAGAUUUGAUGAACUGAAGAGCAGUGGAAGCUCACCUGUUGACAACCAGUAUAAUCCUCUGAUGGCUGCUGGAGAGAGUCCUGUUGAAACCUUAGCCACAUACAUCAGAUCCUCACUUCUCGACACACACGGGGAACUUCAGGAGGCUGCACCUGGUCAGGCUGCAGUUUCCAAAACAGGAAGACAUAGUAUAGCUUCCACAAGGAAUUGUUCUUCAGAAAGUGAAAGUUGUGCUACUCAUAAUGGUGACGAGCCUGAAGAAUCUGAAGGGCCAAAUAUGGUGAUCCAUGUAUGUGAUGAAGCAAAAAACUUGAAAGAAGAUUUUAUUUGCCCACGAGAUCUUUUGAUAUCAGAAAUGAAGUACUUUGCUGAAUAUUUAUCUGUGGAUGUCCAGCGCUGGGAAGAGGUGGACAUUUCAGUUCACUGUGACGUUCACAUCUUCAACUGGUUGAUAAAAUAUGUUAAAAGGAACACUAAGGAGAAUAAAGAUUGUGAGAUGCCCUCUUUAGGUGAGAAGGAGGCUCUUCUGAGGAGACUGAGCUACAAAUCAAGAGGAAAAAUUAUUUUUUUUUUUCUUUUUGUAGAGCCAGGAAACGUCAUUUCUAUUCUUAUUUCUUCGGAGUUUUUGAAAAUGGAUUCACUGGUUGAACAGUGUAUUCAGUAUUGUCACAAAAACAUGAACGCCAUAGUAGCUACCCCAUGUAACAUGAACUGCAUUAAUUCAAGUCUUCUCACACGUAUAGCUGAUCUGUUCACACACAAUGAAGUUGAUGAUUUAAAGGACAAGAAAGAUAAGUUUAGGAGUAAACUUUUUUGUAAGAAGAUUGAGAGACUGUUUGAUCCUGAGUACUUGAAUCCAGACUCUCGGGGUAACGCAGCCACGUUAUACAGAUGCUCUUUGUGUAAGAAGCUUUUAACAAAGGAAACAGAAAGAAGAAUUCCCUGCAUUCCUGGAAAAAUCAAUGUGGAUCGGCAUGGAAAUAUUAUCUAUAUUCAUCUAAGAGACAAGACUUGGGAUGUUCACGAGUAUUUGAAUAGUUUUUUUGAAGAAUUAAAAUCUUGGAGAGAUGUAUAUUGGCGCUUGUGGGGAACCGUCAACUGGCUGACUUGCUCAAGAUGUUGUCAAGCUUUUCUCUGUACUGAAUUCUCACACUGUCAGUAUCACUCAGAAACAGUGGUCUACCCCACUGCAGCGAGCUCACCAAGCACCGUGGGCACUGGAAUUUAUCCCUGCUGCAACCAAAAAGUUCUUCGGUUUGAUCCCACUCAGCUGACAAAGGGUUGUAAAGUGAGGGACCACAUGGUUGCUCUUUGUGAUCAAGGUGAAGGUGGGGAUUUGCUGUCCUGUCCGACCACUAGAAUACUGGACGAUCUGCUCAGUCACAAAGAUGUCAUUGUUGUGCCUUUUUCUAAAGAUACAGUUAGUGAUUCUGGGGUUGGCCCCUGUGAGGAAAAGGGUCUAGACUGUGAUGUUUUACUGGAGACAAAUCCACCAUGGGGCCCCAGAACUGGGGAGCUCAAUGCUUUUUUGUCACUGAAAAACUGGACUCUGCAGCUGAAACAGCAGUCAUUGUUUUCGGAAGAUGAAGAAUAUACCACUGGAUCUGAGGUCACUGAAGAUGAAGUUGGAGAUGAAGAAGAAGUAUCCAAGAAACAAAGAAAAAAGGAGAAGCCAAAGAGGUUCACUAAGCAACCGAAAAAGCAGAUGUCUUCACCCUGUGCUCAGAAGAAAGAAAAGGCUUUGGAGAAGUCAGCUUCUAGAGAUGCAUCCCCCUUCAUUGUGAGUAUGCAGAAGAAUAAGUGGGAUGCCACAAGAUCCUUGCGAUUCAACCAGGAUGCACAAAGAGAAGAUGAUCAGCGGCGGAUGUCAGAAAUUACAGGGCACCUAAUAAAAAUGAGAUUGGGUGAUUUGGACCGAGUCAAGUCAAAGGAAGCAAAAGAAUUUGCAGGGGGUAUUUAUUCCAGGCUUGAAGCACAAGUCAAGGCCUCAGUGCCCGUCAGCGCACGGCAGAGCAGCACAGAGAAGAACACGAGGUCUAAAAGUCGUUUGGGUCAAGGGCGUCCUGCAUAGAGCACCUUAUGAUGUAACUAAAAAGAAACGCUACCGGACAUCUGAAAUCGCUCACUUCUUGAAGAUCUUCCAGAAGGAUAACUUCUAAAUGUUUUAACUUAUUAAUUAUUCUUGCAAGCCACAAAAAUCAUAGUGCUAAGAGAAAUACAUAGUAAGGUCUUAGGAAAAUCUAAAUGUAAAUGAAAACUUUUUAAAUCUAAUUUUUGUUUAGUAUGGUGCUCGGCGAUGUAGAAAAUAAUUAUUUUUAAAUGUGCAUACUUAAGACUCCUAAUAUUUGUUAUCCUUUAUUUAUUUGAAAGAGAAGAAGCCUAAACUCUUAAGUAGCUAAGACUCUUUCGGACCUUAAGAAGUUAGCUGUAGUGUCACUAUGCAUGUCCACUGACUGCUGUAUGUCCCUUGGCCUGUACGUAUUGAGACAGCGUCAAGAGCUGCCAUUUGCCGAAAUUCCCAGUGAUGCUGAUUGUAAGUUUGCAUGAACGUUAAGGGACGGCAGAUCCCAAGACCGCAUUAAACACAGUUUGAAGGUGAGCUAUUUCCUGUGUUGGGCAGAAGGGCUCAAGUUUUUUUCAGUGUUAUUCCAUGGAAAGCACAAUGUUAACCCAAGUGUUUUUUUCUUUUGGUUUUUAAUGCUUGUCUAUUGGUCAACUCAGCUGGAAUUUCUCAUUAUUACUUCUUUCCUCUGUGAAGCUAGUGCCAUUCUGAACUUCUUAAAAUAACUGUUAGUAGUGUUAGAAAAGUCAAUUAUUUCAUUUGUCUGAGACACCAGCGUCUGGUUCUCAGGGCUCUAAAGCCCAACCAUUUUUCUGUAGCCAUUCAAGUAGCCCCCUAAAACAGUUAUAAUUACUGAUUACUUUGGAGAUACUAGGAGAGAUUCCCAAAUACAUUUGAUGGGUGAAAAUUGGCAUAUGUUCAAGAAAAAUCACAAUAAAAUUGUAUUCUGUAGAUCAUGUUUUAAUUUUGCUAACCAAGCAGAAAGCAUGCUCAGGGAAAAUUUAUUCCAAACCAUAAGCAUAUGAUAAAUUAUGUGUUUGGAAAUUACUUAUGUGUAGGUCUCUGGAAAACUUUAAGAUGCGUUGUUUUUGUUUUUAUUCUUCAUUUGCCUUAUAAUUGAAAUUCUCCAAAUUAUUUAAACUCAAGAACAGACUAUGAUAAAAUGUGACAGAACAGCAAUUUCUAUUGAAAUGUCAAAGUGUUACACUCAAUUUAAACAUACAGAAAUCACUAUUUUUAACUGAAUGUUUUUAGUUAAUGAUGCUAGAUAUUAUUUGAUGUUAUAUGUGUGGAUUUGCCAAGGUCUUUGAACUUCUGUUUGGAAAUUUUGUCUCAGCGUAUAUAUUUUUCAAUUGUUUGAUGCUUUUGAAAAAGAUUAUAAUGUUUUUAUUUUCAGAAAAUGUUUUGUAGUACAUUGUAUGUAAGCUCUGUUAAAUACCAAAGUCUUGUCGUUUACUGUAUUCUCUGGUAAAAGGUUUUGGGUUUGUGUAUAAACAGUGCUGUGACAGUCACAAAAAAAAGAGGAAAAUGUGCACUUUUGAUUUUUUAACUGAUGGUAGAAAGACAAAUUGCUUCUCCCUUGGGGUAAUUGUACCACUGAAUUGAUUUUUUUACAAACUAGAGUUCAUCAAAAUUUGAUUCUCUCCAGAAUGUGCUCUUUAUCUUGUUAAUGUCUAUCUGUAAACCUAACACAGUUACCACCAUCAUUUUAAUCAAAUCGUUAAUAGUGUUUUGUUUGCCAGAUACUUUGAGGUUUUACCUUAGUUAAUUCUGAAUUUGCAUCACUUUAAUCGAAAUAAAUGUUAAUGACAAAAUUGUUUGAAAAGUUCCUUGAUCUAAAUUAUUUUUUAUCUUUUCAGAAAAAAAUCUAGAUGUGCUCUAGGUGACAGGUUUUUCAUGGGAAAUCAGUUCUGUUACAAGGUGAAGUUUUUUUUAAUUUUAAGGUUGUUUUAAAUAAUGAUAUCCUGGUAAUGAAUCCUUGCGUGUUGUAAACAUUAAUUUCCUUAGCUGCUAACCAAAAGGUUAGAGGUUCGAGUCCACCCAGAGGUGCCUCAGGAGAAGGACCUGGCAAUCUACUUUUAAAAAAUCAGCCAUUGGAAACCCUAUGGAGCACAGUUCUAUUCUGACAGACAUGGCGUCUCAGGAGUCAGAAUCACUCGACGGCAACUGGUUUUUAAAUUUCUAGUCACUAUACUCUAGAGGGUUUGAUUGAAAAUCUGAGAUUAGCAGUGGAGAAGGAUCUGAGAGAUGAGGUAACUGUUUGGAAAGGAGUAAAGAUUGAGCUGGGGCUGGGAAAGUGAGGGCACCCUAUAGGAGACACACUUGAGAUUCAAAGAUUUAAAUAGAUUGAAAAUAAAAGGAUGGAGAAAGAGACCAUGCAAACAGCAACCAUAAGAAAACUGAAGCGGCUAUAUUAAUAGACAAAAUAGACUUUAAAACAAAAAAAAAUGUUACUAGAAAUAGAAACAUAGUGAUUAAAAGUGUUGAUCCAUAACAAUUAUAAACAUAUAUGCACCUAACAACAGGGCUCCAAAAUUCACGAAGCAAAAACUGACAGAAAUGGAGGGAGAAAUAGAUAAUUCAACAGUAAUGGUUGGAGACUUAAAUACCUCAUUUUCAAUAGAACAGUGAGAUAGAAGACAAACAAUGAAAUAGAAGAACAACACUACAAACCUAGACGUAACAGACAUCUAUAGAGCACUCAACUACAGCAGAACAUACAUUCUUCUUAAGUGCACACGGAACGUUGUCCAAUACAGACAUGUGAUAUGCUAUAAAACAAGCCUCAGUAAAUUUACAAGAGUUGAAUAAUACAAAGUAUAUUUGUUAACCACAAUGGAAUGAAAUUAGAAAUCAAUAACAGAAAGAAAGGUAAGGAACUCACACCAAAAAAAGAAACUCACAAAUAUAUAGAAAUUAAGCAACAUACUAAGUAACCAAUAGGUCAAAGAGGAAACCACAGGGAAAUGAGAAAAUACUUUCAGAUGAAUGAAAACAAGGACAAUAUACCAAAAUUUGUGUGAUACAGCUGAAGUGGUGCCUAGAAAAUUAUAGCUGUAAAUGCCUAUAUAAAAAAAAAAAAACUUUCAGGUUAAUAACUAACC